AUGGUGCUGGAGUAUGUAGCCACUGAUCGCUCAGUAGCUGAAAUUGAGAAAAAGAUUAUAGAAGCUUUUGAUGUGUUUGACCAUGAAUGCAAUAAAACUGUGGAUGUCAGAGAGAUUGGUUCAAUUGUCAGGUCCUUGGGUUGCUUCCCAACUGAAGCAGAACUACAUGAACUACUUGCAAAGGUAGAAGAAGAACCACCGACUGGUUACAUUCAUCUGGAAAAAUUUCUUCCAGUCAUGACAAAAGUACUACUUGACAGAAGCUACCAGCCUAUUCCAGAAGAUGUUCUUCUACAUGCAUUUGAGACUUUGGAUGAGAAUAAAUGUGGAUAUAUUACUAAAGAGGACCUGGUCAGAUAUUUGACCAAAGAAGGUGAGCCCUUUACUCAGGAAGAAAUGGAAGACAUGCUCUCCACUGCUCUAGAUCCAGAAACAAAUACUGUUCGCUACAGAGACUACAUUUCAAAGAUGAUAGUGGAUGAAAGUUAA